CUGGCGGACCUUCUGUCCGGCCGCCUUCCGGCCGCGCCGCCCCUGGGCCCGCGACUCAAGGCCGUCGCCGUCAGCCGCCUGGCGCAGCACCUGCUCAGGCGGGCGGCCGCGAUAGAGGGCGGCGCGCCCGGCGGCUGGAUGACGCUGCGUGACGUCACCGGG